AUGGGGACAUUGGCAGCUGAGCCAAAUAAGAUAUGGCUGCUUCUGUUGCUGUCCACUGUAACCUCAAAGCCACCUGAGGAGGUUGUCGAAGGAUUUCCCAAAGCUUUUGUGGCAUCGCUGAAAGUUUUGUUCGAAAUUUUGGACGAAGAUGGAGACGGUUUGGUUCACAUUUCGGAGAUCGAGAGACGCUGGGCUUCUGAAAGGGGAACAACGAGCUUACCGUUCGGUGUGAUGAACGGCCUGCGAAAAGCAACUCCAAAGAACGGUAAACUCAGCUUUGAACGGUUCUGUGGUGGGCUUAAAAUGUCCCUUAAUUCUGACCGGGGUGUUGGUAGAGGCAGGGAAGAUAAGCAGCCAAAUACAGCGACAGUGAGACCGAAUAAUGUCGUUCGUCCAAUGACCGUGCGGAGCCGGAGCGCGCCGCAGCUGCCCCGGGCGCCGAACGCUCGCCCACGGUCGCUCUCCAGCAACACGGACCCUUCCUCGGGCUGGGAAUACGCCGUACUGAAGGCUCGGCACAACGAGGACAAGAUUUCCAGCGGUAAAUAUAGCGUCAGAGAAGAUGUGAAACUCAAAAGGAGGUCUGCACCUGGGGAUAUAAACGCCAAUGAUCCGUUUCACCCGAGGAUACAGCAAGAGGAAUCAAAUCACCGUCAUUCAAGGAGAAGUGAAGGGGACUAUGUCCGGUACCCGCCCGCUAAAGCGUCGAAGCCAGGGCAGCAUGGACCGGGGAGAUUGGACUCGAAGCCGGAGAGAGCUGCCGUCAGUGGACCAGUGUAUGACCACCCACGUUCACCUGUGGAAGCAAAGCCAGUUGAGGGCCCCAUCAUUUCUGAGCAGCGUCCUCCAAACCAAUCACCGAAGCAGAAGACCCAAGCUAAACAGUCAAAACGCACCGAUCCCAGACGCCAUACAGUCUCCAAUGGCAUUGACUACAAUCUGAGAAAUCACCACCUCUCAAUUCGGGCCAUUGGCCGCUUACCGUUGAAACGAAUGAAACAGCUAGAGCAGGAGCGAGAUGUGUUACUACAGGGCUUGGAGGUGGCUGAGAGAUCCAGAGACUGGUACCAGAGACAACUAGCAUAUGCCAGGCAGAGACACCCAGGAUACUCAGGGAACUCACAGUUUACUCAUGGCGAGGACUCCCCUGCUUCAGGCCAGCAGGACAGACGAGCCUAUCGCAUGUCAAGAAUCCUGGAGAUCAACAGACAACUCACCCAUCUCAUGGAAAAUCCAGAGAAGGAUUUUCCGGAUCAUAUGAACCUGGCCAUGGACACUGUCCAACCUUCACAUGUUCCCCCGAAGCAACGCAUGAGUAGCACAUCGAGUACCAGCAGUGUCAACAGUAAUCUCGUCGCUCAGCUACGAGAACAAAACAGAUUACUAACCAAGGAGGUGUCUCAGAAGAGUGAGCUCAUCACCCAGCUUGAAAAGGACAAGGCUGCCCUCAUUCGUCAGCUGUUUGAAGCACGAGGAAAGAAACAUCAAAACCACAAGGAGAUGCCGAAUAACACGACAUUCAUCUGAUUGGGGUUUAACUAAAAGUUGCUGAACUGUGCAACUUUGUAACUGACUGUGUAAAAAAGUCAUAAAUAUGUCAGAUUUCUUUGGCAGAUAUGCAUUCUUUCCUGAGAUCCCAAUUCUUAAUGUCAUUUUAUGGCACUGAAUACAUGUACAAAAUUUAACCCUAACCCCCUAGGGACCAUUAAAAUCCUGCAU